UCGCAACAUUUCAAUAAACUGUCAACCAAACAGAAAAAAAGAUAUUAAGUCGUGAAAUACUUUGUCAAACUUAUAAAAUAUACUCAAUAUAUUGCAAGUGAUGAACCUUGGAAGCUAAAAAUUUUCUCGGAGAUUUUUGGAGCUAGAAUUGAAACAGCAGAUAAUUACUUAGGCACAUCACUAUAACACAAAAUGGAAUCCUAAUUAUGAAACAGACUGCAAAAUUAAUUGGAAUUAUAAAUAUAACUGGAAAUAUUAAUUCGUACUUGUGUAAACCUUGGAAGUGUUUGUGUCAUUCAAGGUUGAUUUAUUUAUGGUCAUCAAAAGACUUUUCCAAUUUCUUCCUCCUAACUUAAUUAAGUAUAGAUAAUUUAAACCUCACUCUUAUAAACGGUUUAUACAAAUAAUAGGGAUGUAAAUAUUUUGUUGUUACAGCACCUCUUAUAACAAUCGGGUGACCGCUAUCACUCAUACGUGUGACACGACCAUACAUGUGAAUGAUCGUGACCAUCCACUAUCGUACGACACAUGUGUUGACAUGUUAUACUACAGAGAAUUCAAACUUCAAAUUAUAGACUACAAUAAUCUUAUCUAAACUACACUUAGAGUUUUUUUUUUAAUGACGAAUUGGCCAGCCACAUAAAGCUCCUUUUUCUUUAUUUAUAGAUUUCCUAGAAGGAACAGUAUCAUUACAGGAUUAUUCAGAAGUGUGGACCAUUUCAUUAGCAAUUCAGAAAAUUAUUUAAAGGGCUUUGAUAUUUACUAACAGUUUCAUAAUAAAUUUGGAGUUAGUGAUUAUGUCCAGAAGGAAAUUAGAGAUAAAUUUACUUUUGACAUUAUUCAAUUUAAAUUUUUAUUAUUAUACUUAAACAAUGACCGAGAAUAUAAUAUUUUAACCUAAUUUUAACAUUGCAUAGAAGCGCCAAAUAUUGGCAAAUAAUGUUAAUGAAAAGGAAGUUAUAAUAUGACAAUUGAAGUACAUUUUUUUUUUUUUUUUUCACAUUACUUGUGAUUCCCGCCAAACUUUAGUAAAAAGGUUACUUUAUUUAUUUAUUUAUUUUUAAAAGGUUACUCAAUACACGAGUAUACAAUUUUUUAUUUCAAGUACCUGUUUUUCAUUUCAAUCCGGCCUUGUUGGUCAGGCCCACUUACUUUGCAGGCCCAAGACGAUGACUUGUAAAUCAGAAUAUGGGUAAAAACAGGAUGCCAAAAAAAAGCCCACAAGACGAAAUCCUAAUUCUAUUACUAGUAGAAUUAACACACAAAUAUAUCACAAUUCUAUUAGAAUUACACAAGUAUAUAUAUAUAUACACACACGAUAUACACACACGAUAUACACACUUACCCAGUCUCACAAAUCUUUCCUUUACUGCUUCGUUCUUCUCUUCCUCAAGCCGGCGGCGUAGAUCGGAGGAGUUUGGGAAAACCCUUGCCCUCCACAGAUUUUUAACGACCUUUCAUUCAUAUCAGAACUUUGCAGUUAUGGCUGGGUUAGCACCAGAGGGUUCUAAAUUUGAUGGCCUUCAGUAUGACGCCAAAAUGAAAGAAUUGGACACCAUUGGGACUGAUGGGCAAGAAUUCUUCACCACAUCUGAUGAAGUUCAUGAAACCUUUGAUCAAAUGGGAUUGCUGGAGAAUCUCCUGAGGGGCAUCUUUGCUUAUGGUUAUGAGAAGCCCUCUGCAAUUCAGCAAAGGGGGAUUGUUCCCUUCUGCAGAGGACUUGAUGUGAUCCAACAAGCACAAUCUGGAACUGGAAAAACAGCAACUUUCUGCUCUGGAAUUCUCCAGCAGCUUGAUUAUGCCUUGGUUCAAUGCCAAGCUCUGGUUCUUGCACCCACCCGUGAACUGGCACAGCAAAUCGAGAAGGUUAUGCGGGCAAUUGGUGACUAUCUUGGUGUGCAGGUUCAUGCUUGUGUAGGAGGUACCAGUGUCCGUGAAGAUCAGCGCAUUCUCUCUAGUGGAGUUCAUGUUGUUGUUGGCACUCCUGGUCGAGUUUUUGACAUGUUGCGGAGACAGUCACUUCGCCCUGAUUCCAUAAAAAUGUUUGUGUUGGAUGAAGCAGAUGAAAUGCUUUCACGAGGUUUCAAGGAUCAGAUCUAUGAUAUUUUCCAGUUGCUGCCACCAAAAAUUCAGGUCGGGGUAUUCUCUGCCACAAUGCCACCUGAGGCCCUUGACAUCACUAGGAAAUUUAUGAAUAAACCAGUGAGAAUUCUUGUGAAACGUGAUGAGCUCACUCUAGAGGGUAUCAAACAAUUCCAUGUCAAUGUUGAAAAGGAGGAAUGGAAGCUUGACACACUUUGUGAUCUUUAUGAAACUUUGGCCAUUACACAAAGUGUCAUUUUUGUUAACACCCGGCGCAAGGUCGACUGGCUUACUGACAAGAUGCGCAGCCGUGAUCACACAGUCUCUGCCACCCAUGGGGACAUGGACCAGAACACGAGAGAUAUUAUCAUGCGUGAAUUCCGGUCCGGUUCCUCUCGCGUUCUCAUUACCACUGAUCUUUUGGCGCGUGGUAUUGAUGUUCAACAAGUCUCUCUUGUGAUCAAUUUUGAUCUUCCAACGCAGCCCGAGAACUAUCUUCAUCGGAUUGGACGAAGUGGACGAUUUGGGAGGAAGGGUGUUGCCAUCAACUUUGUGACCCGAGACGACGAUAGAAUGCUGUUUGACAUCCAGAAGUUUUAUAAUGUGGUAAUUGAGGAGCUGCCAGCAAAUGUUGCUGAUAUCCUUUGAUGGGUUUUGAUCUGGCAAGGUAGAUUAUUUUCGAUUGGGAAGUCAUUUAUGAUAUUAUUUUUAGGGGGUUAGUGACUUUGAAGAUUUUUUAUUCUUUAUUUACAAUUGACAGAUGCCUACUACUGUGCCAUGGGGACCUGUCUUUUGCACAAUUUGGUCGUAGUAGGAAUCUAUUCUCGCAAAUUUUGUUUUGCUUUUGUGUUGUAUCGUGCCUAAAACAAGUAGCAAAAUCAUAUGCUGUUUGAAUUUGACAUGAUUGAGUUUUAUUAGUUGGUUUCUGAUUUUGUUUAUGAGUACAGAUAUUGAAAUAGUUGCGCCAUUGUUGUUUCUUGUGAGCUGUAAACUUGAAUUCUGUUCUCGCUUUUAAUUUUUUUUUAAGAAGUCCAUACUUUUUCCCUAUUCCUUUUUCCUU